CAUUUGAAAAGAGGACUUUGGACCACUGGGCAACAGUCCAGCUCCUCUUCUCCUUGGCCCAGAGAUUGAGACCUCAAACUCUCACCACCUGCUGGCAGUUUAAAACACAGUGAGUGAUCCAGUCAUUAUGCAGAUCAGAGAGAGAGACUCUACAGGUCGCAGAAACAGAGACCAGCAGAACCAGCAGCAGUGGGACAGUCGUGAUGAGGAGGCUGCGCUGAACAUGCUCUGGAGCCGCAAACGCAAGCCAGAAAUGAGAACUGGGCUGGUGGAGAGUUCUGUUGUGAUUCUGCUGCUCGGGUUCGUGUGUCUGCUGUGGACUCUGGUUCUGAUCUCAGUCCAGCCGCUCAUCAGCAGCAGCAGUCCGGGACACUUCAACGCCCUCCGGGCCAGGAAACAUUUGGAGCAGAUCACCAGUAUUGGGCCGCGGACCGUUGGAAGCACAGAGAAUGAGAUCACCACGGUCAACUACCUGCUGGAUCAGAUCGAGCAGAUCCAGUCUGAGAGUAAAACUGGACCUCACUUCAUCACGGUGGACAUCCAGCGACCCACUGGCUGCUUCCGCAUUGACAGCUUUAACAUAAGCUGCUACGACCGCAUAACCAACAUCGCUGUCAAACUCCAGCCAAAGACGGGCGCACAACAUUUCAUGCUCGCGAACUGCCACUUUGAUUCGGUGCCCAACAGCCCGGGAGCCAGUGAUGAUGCUGUCAGCUGUUCUGUGAUGUUGGAGGUUUUACAUUCACUAGUGAAUCUUUCCAUGCCACUCAAACAUGGCGUCAUCUUCCUGUUCAAUGGGGCAGAGGAGACCAAACUCCAAGCCAGUCACGGCUUCAUUACCCAGCAUCCCUGGGCUCAGCAGGUGCGAGCGUUUGUGAACCUGGAGGCUGCAGGUGUGGGAGGCAAAGAGUUGGUGUUUCAGACAGGUCCGGAGAACCCAUGGCUGGUCCAGGCAUAUGCCCGAGCCGCCAUCUACCCAUUCGCCUCAGUGGUCGGUCAGGAAAUUUUCCAGAGCAGACUCAUUCCUUCAGACACAGACUUCCGAAUCUUCAGGGACUUUGGGAAUAUUCCUGGAAUUGAUCUUGCGUUCAUAGAAAAUGGUUUCAUCUAUCAUACUAAAUAUGACACUCCAGAGAGAAUCCACACCAAGUCCAUCCAGAGAACAGGCGACAACAUCCUGUCUCUCCUUAAGCACUUGGUGAUGUCUGAAGAACUGGCGGAUUCCUCUAAGUAUCGUAGUGGUAACAUGGUGUUCUUUGACAUGCUGGGAGUGAUGCUGGUGGUGUAUCCCGCUCAUGUCGGCACCAUCAUCAACUAUUUGGUGGCCAUCGCCACGAUGAUCUACCUGGGCACGAAAUGCAUGUUGACCCGCAGAGUGGAUCAGAUCUUUCUGCCCUCCUGUGACAUGAGUGUUUUGACACGUAACAUGCUCUGUGCAGCUGGAAGGUACAUAUGUGAGCUGGUGUGUGCAACGUUCAUGCUCAUCUUGAGCUGGAUCUUCACUCUGUUGGCGGUUAUGUUUGUGGCUUUGCUUGUCAAGUUGACGGGCCACUCCAUGUUCUGGUACAGUCACUUUUACACGGCCAUCUCUCUGUACGGAUCUGUUGCUGUUGGCAUUAUCGUGCUGAUCCACACCCUGGCCAAGACCCGGUGCAGGAGCACAGGUCGUAUGGAUUUGGCCGAGCUCUUCUUUGACGUCAAUCUGCUGUUGUGGUGUUGUGUGCUGCUCUUCCUCACUUCCCGUGGCUGGUGUUCAGCAUAUGUGCCCAUGAUGAUGGUGGUGUUCCCGCUCAUCACCAAACUGCUGCUCAGUAAGCACUUCAGAGCCAGAGGAGCGACUCUGCUGUACUCUGUCCUGUAUCUGAUGGGUCUUGCUGUGCCAUACAUCCACAUCAUGUUCCUCAUCAGAGUGAUUUUUGAGGUCUUUACGCCUAUUCUGGGCCGCAACUCAAGUGAAACCUCACCCGACUUCACCAUGGCGCUACUCGUUACCAUGGCAACCAUAAUUUUGUCUUCCUAUUUUAUUCACUUCAUCUAUCUGUCCCGCAGUACGAAGUGGACCUUGGCUGUUCUGGGGUCAGUGUUCACACUAAUGCUUGUUCUGGUCUGCUGUGGUCUGUUCUUCCCGUAUUCUGCCGACCCGUCCAGCCCACGACCCAAACGCCUCUUUGUCCAGCACAUCACACGCAGGUUUCACUCGCUGAACGGAUCGCUGCAGAGCUCUGACUCGGGCUUCUGCAUCAACAGUCAGGAUUACACCGGCAUGCAGCACAUCACUCCACAUAUCCCGCAGAUCAACGACAACAUCUGCACGCGCUGCCAGGAUCAGCUGCCCUACUACGGCUUCACAAGCAAGAGCUGGUAUCUUCCGGCUCCUGAAGUCUCUCCUAAAGCUCCGCUGGAGUUCCAGCUCUUAUCCAGACAGGAGACUGAACGGGGAACCAUUAAAAUGACCUUUGAGGUCAAAGGUCCGAGUCACAUGUCUCUGUUCCUGCAUCUUCACACUGGUGCGUCUCUGAGCGGCUGGUCAUUCAGUGGCAGGACACCAGGGUCCAAUCUCAGUGGAAUGUAUUUUAUAUUUUACACUCAUGGUCUUGACGCUGCGGCCUGGAACUUCUGGUUUGAGAUCCAGCCGCCCAAGUCCUCAGAUGCAUCUCCUGAUGAGGGCUUGAUCUCUCUGGCCAUCUCUGCUCAUUAUAUCUCUGGCUCAGACGGGCGAUCAGAGCAGCUCGAGUCCUUACUGAAGAGAUUCCCGACCUGGGUGUUCCCGGCCUCAUGGAUCAGCACAUACCACAUGUACAGAUACUGAGGGCCACUUGCGCAAGGGCCCUGAUCUCACACGCACACACACACUGCAGAACCAUGAACACCAUACGAAAUCUUUAUGGGUCAGCUUUCUGUUUGCCGAAAUGACUAAAAUGACACUAUUUUGAAUGGUGUUGCAGCAGAAGAAUCUUUUAUUAAGGCAGACAUGACGGAAUUUAAAAACGCUGUGACUGUGACCCAAAUAUGGAUGAUCGAAGCCGAGGGCCACAUCUCGGACAUGGAAGACAAGGUGAAGAGCAUGGCUGAAGACAACAGCAAAUGUGCUAAACAACUUAAGCAACUUUGGGCUUGUGUUGACGACCAGGAAAAUAAAAGUAGCAGGAAGAAUAUUCGGCUUAUUGGUGUGAAAGAAGGCAUGGAAAGAGGUGGCAAUAAGUGAGGGAUUUUGUGAAGAGGAUCAUGAGGAUACAUUGAUGAUACAUUGGUUACAUCUUCUUCAGAUAUUAACAUGGCUUUCAAAAUGUUUUAUCAAGACUUGUAUACCAUGAACACCAUACAAAUUUUUUAUGGGUCAUAUUUCAACACAUAAUCAAAAAGUUCAAUUACACUUAAAUGAAAAUUAAGUCUACUUUAUACUGUUAAAAUUUUUACUUUGUAACAUAUUUUUAUUAUGAUUACAUCUUACCCCAAAUUUGCAUGUGACAUAUUUUACCAGGAAUAAUCCCACUGAGAUAUAAAUCAACACAAAACAUUCAUGUUUCCUUUAAGUAAAUUAAAAAUAAUUAAGAAGAAGAUCUGGUCCAAUAAUUGCAAGUGUAAUACAAUUUCUGAUUCUUAUUAAUAAAAUUCCAUGAUUUAAUAAAAAAAGAAAGAAAAUACAAAUUUAGGGAGCACUUUAUUUUACAGUCCUGUUCCUCAUGUACAUACUAU